AUGACGACUUCUACAAGAGCAUCUCAAAAGACUACGAAAAGCCUCUUACCCACGUGCAUUUCUCAGCCGAGGGCGAAGUGUCGUUCCGCUCCAUACUUUAUGUGCCAAAGACGUCACCUAGUGAUAUGUUCCAAAAUUACGGAAAGGUUGUUGAAAAUAUCAAAAUUGUACGUGCGACGAGUAUUCAUUACCGACGAUUUUGCUGACAUGAUGCCCAAGUACCUUUCGUUCAUUCGGGGUAUUGUGGACUCGGAUGACCUCCCGCUCAACGUAUCCCGCGAAAAUCUUCAGCAACACAAACUUCUAAAGGUGAUUAAGAAGAAGUUAGUACGAAAGGUGUUGGAUAUGUUAAAGAAGCUGGAGGGAACACUAUUUGACGACUUUUGGAAGGAGUUGCAGGCACAACAAUCAACUGGGAAGUCAUGGAGGAUCGCAAGGCAAUCUCGAAUCGACUCGCUAAGCCUGCUUCGGUUUGCUUCCUCCGCACAUGAGAAGAACCUUACUUCUCUAACCGAUUAUGUUGAACGUAUGAAGGAGAAACAAGACAAGAUCUACUAUAUGGCAGGAACAUCUCGUGAAGAAGUUGAAACCUCACCAUUCGUUGAGCGUCUCAUCGCCAAGGGAUACGAGGUGCUGUACCUGACGGAAGCCGUUGAUGAAUACUGCAUCCAGUCAAUGCCAGAAUUCGAUGGAAAGAAGUUCCAGAAUGUCGCCAAGGAUGGAGUCAGCAUCGAUGACUCUGAACAAGCAAAGGAAAAUUAUAAGAAUCUCGAGAAGGAAUUCGAACCUCUCACGUCCUGGCUCAAGGAGACUGGAUUGAAGGAUUUGAUCGAAAAGGCGGUUGUUUCACAACGACUUGUGAAGUCUCCAUCUGCAUUGGUGGCAUCUUCUUAUGGAUGGUCAGGAAAUAUGGAGCGUAUCAUGAAGAGCCAGGCUUACGCGAAGGCUAAGGAUCCUUCGCAAGACUUCUAUGCGAACCAGAAAAGACCUUCGAGAUCAACCGCCUCGCAUCGCAGUUGUAAAGGAAUUACUCCGACGUGUUGUUGA